AUUCAUUGCUGUUCUAUACUGAAUUUAAUACUUCUCAGUGGUGAUAUAUCUAGAAAGUUGGUACUUGCUUUGUGCGAUGUUGUGAUCAGUUGUGUUAAAGUUUUUGAGUUUGUGACCAAUUUAGUUUCUGCUGUUGUCUCUGCUAUAGAAUUUUACAACAUUAAAAUGUAUUACAUUUAAUUCUCAGUAGAAAUUCAAUGAUAAAGGCUGUGUAAUGGAAGAAUCACUUAUUUUAUUGUGGAACUGUCGAAGAAAGGACAUAAUUCUGUUUAAUUAUACAAAUUCCUGGCAUACCAAGGUUUUCGACAUGCUUUGGAUGUAAAAUAUGUGCUGCAAUUCAGUUCCAAACCAAGAGGCAAUGUUGUUCUGUCGAUUUCACACCCAAUGCAGCGUUUCUCCGUACUUCACAUGUCAUCUACAACUUUUAUAACCUGCUCAAGACAGCGCCGUAUUUAUUUACGAGAAUUGAUUGUGAAAGAUGCCGAGAGAAUGACACAUAUUAACGAAGUACAUCAGCCACGAACAAUAUGGCCAAUCACGAAUUUUUACCUCUCUGUGAUGUUUUAUUUAAUAUAAUAUCAUUAGCUUCUUAUUUUUGUGAUGUUGUUUUUGAUGUUGUGAUGGGGUAUGCACUAUUUGAACGUGGGAGACACGUUUGGUUUGCUGUCUCCUUGACAUUUGUUGCUACAUCUUUGGUCAUCAGUCAAUUUAUAUCAUUAAAAUGGUAUAUACGAUCACGAGAAACCCAGAAACAGUUGCGAGAGAAAUCAAAAAAUGAAAACGAAGGAUCCCCUCAGUGCAAGAAAAAUAGUGGAAAAUGUGUGCAGUGGCUAAUAGUUCUAUUGCAUAUUUCCCAGUGUGGAGUGCUAUGGAGGUACUUCAAACUUUUUAUUCCAGUUGAUUUAAGGUAUGUCAAACAUGAAGUGAGAGACUUAUGUAUGCUUCGAUUGUUCCACGCUUUCUGUGAAGCAGCUCCAAUGCUUCUAGUCCAGUUGUAUCUAUUGUGGCAAGAGACUUCACCAAAGGAAUUUAGUGAUUUAAAUAUUGUUUCCACAGUUUUGUCGUUGUUUAGUGUAUGUUGGGCCCUUGCUUCUUUUAGCAAAAAUGUGAGACUUCAGAAUGUACAUAGACUUGUCCUUACAUGGUUAGGUGUAAUAUUUCAAUUUCUGUGGAGGUUAGGCACAGUGUCAUCUCGAGUCACAGCUUUAACAGUAUAUGCUACAUUAUAUGGACAUUGGGUCUUUCUGGUCAUUGGAUUACAUUGGAUAUCAAUGUUUCUGUGGCUUAUAUCACCCAAAAAUGUUUUUCAUGGUGAAAGAAUAUCAAGACAGAGAAAAGCAGCAUUUUCAGCUCUUAUUGCCAUAAUUUAUGUAUUUUCUUACAUCAAUCUUCAAGAAGUGAACCCUCGCCAAAAAAUGGUGACAUUUUAUGUAGUUAUGUUCUUGGAAAAUGCUCUUCUAGUGUCAGCCUGGCUUGUGGGUAUUUGGGAUGAUGCACCAUGGUAUCGAAAUGCAGUACCUGUUGUUGUAUUUGUUUCAUUUGCAAUUGGUAUAAGUUUCAUGAUACUAUAUUAUCGAUAUUUUCAUGUUCGAAGAUUACGGUAUGAAACUGGUGGUAGGCCAAACACCUAUAAUAAUAAUUGUGAUUCUACUCAACGAUUGUCAGUAGAAUCAGGAAAUCCUAGUACAAAGGAGGAUCAAAAUAACUUGCACAAAACUCAGAUUCAGUGUAAUGGCAAGCAAACGCCAAAUCCGGCUUGCUAUCAACGAUACAACAACGGGUAUCUCCCCUAUCAUCAUGGAGGUAUUCCAGGAGUGUUUAACUGCCGGUUUAGUAAUCCUGUUGCAUCAGCUGCAGCUACAAAAAGGAAGAAAAAGAAACCAUCAAGCUUUGUUCCUCCUCCUGUUGUUUCUGGACUAACUGCAGUAGUUACAACAACUAGUACAUCUUUGCAAAAUACAAAUAAUAUUCCAGAAUCGUCGUGUAACAAUUCAGUGCCAAGUCAAAAUGCUGUACCAUUUUGGAGAAGACCUCUCCCAAAUCAACACAAUCAUCAGGGUGGUUCGAGUGAAAAUGAAGCUAGUAGUGUUGGCUCUCGGGUUAAUAUUCAACAAAAAUUGCAAGAAAAGAAACAGAAGCAGUUAGCUGAACUACGUGUUAUUGAAGAAGAAAUAAAACAGGGCAAAAUUCAACGGCCUGGAGGAUCGGGCAUGCCUUCUGGGGUUGGAGAAGAUUUUGGAUCAUUGCCACGCCAACCCAUACCACGCACAAAGAGGCACAAUCCAGGUGGAUGGCCGCCACCAUCUCCGCCAAGUUCAAGAACUAUUUUACCUCCUUAUACUUACCAUUUGAUGCCACCCCCUCGCUCAAAGCAUCGCUCUAAAACUCCAGAAAUUUUAUUAGCCCCGCACUAUCUAGAAAAUAGUAAUUUAUAUUACGGUUGGGACCAUGACCGUACUCCUGUGUAUAGAUUGUCUGAUGAUGAUCACAUUGAUAGAGAUUGCAGUAGUGAUAGAGGAUCUAAUUUCUCUGAGUCAGCACAUGUUGUGAAAGAUGAUUUGCUUGCAACAGACUCCCAAGGAGUUUCCCAUCAACAGGCAAUGUUAAUGUACAAAUCAUAUCGUAUUCCAUCAGAUAUGGAUUCACAGAUCUCUCUCCCACGUUCGUACACUUUGCCUCGAGAAUUCAAAUAUUACAGGAGACCAAAAUCUCGGAAAGCCAUUCGCUCUGAACAUUUUGUUGCUUCAACAAAUUCUAGUGAUGGUGAUGUUGAUUCUGGAGAUGAAACGCCCCAUCAUAAUCAUCAUGAACCAUCACAGCAACAUGUGAGACCAUUAAGACUGCGGGGUUACCGAGGUUACAUCCGAAGAGAUCUACAUGAAACUAAACUAUAGGGUAGUUGAUGGAAAACAUCAGAACGUAAAAACUGAUAUUUUUGACAAUUCAGGUGCUUCUUUUGGAGUUUGUGGAAAUAACCAGAUGCUAGGUUAUGGCAGUGGUGAUGCGAUGAUAACAUCAUGAACCCAUGACCUAGCAUUACAUUGCUAACACAAGAUUAUGGGUUCAUUUCUGAUUCUAAGAAAUGUACAGAUUUUUCAACAUUGCAUACCUGUUGCUUUUCAUCAUUUGGAGGGCCAAAAAGCUGUAUCCACAUUGUUUGAAGCAGUUCUGUAAGCAAGUCUGUUUUCAAAUCUGCAUCUAAGAAAUACUGUAAGGAUAAAGGAAACUAAUUUUUACUUUUUCAGAGUUGUAUUUUACACCUUCAUAAAUUUUCACUGACAUAUUGGGAGAGUACAGCUGGCAUCCUUAAAUAAAGAUGUAAUAAUGAGGGUAAAAUAUGUCUAAAUUCACUGAUCAGUCUUAAAGGAGAACAAAAUUUUAAAGCUAAAGUGAAUCACCUACUCCUGAGAGGUAGUCUAAAUUGUGACAGUUCAAGAUCACCUCAUUGAUUGAAUGUAGGAUGAGUUGUUCAUAUUUCUACAAACUCAUGGGAAAUUCAUUGUGCCAAUACAAUGUACACACAUUUGAUUUGAGACUUGUGAUUAUUCAUACUCAGAUGUGUGCCAUAUUUUUAAAUGUACUGUAUUUAAUUUCUAGAAAAAAUAUUGAAAGGAAAAUACAAGUUUCUGUGAUUGUGUAAAAAACAAAUUUGCAAUGCAGUUUGUGAAUAAUAAAGCAUAUUUUUUGUGUAUUACUAAUGAAUUUUAUAUUUCAAUGUAUAUAAUUAUACAAAAAUGAAGACUGAAGUUAUAAAAACAUGGCAGCUUUUAUGUACAAGUAUUUAAUAUUUCCAACAAGUUAUAAUACAAAAACAUCCAUUCCAUGAAACUGCUAUGUAAAUCAUUUUGUACAUAUAUAAAUAUAAAAUUGUACACUUUUUUUACAGAGGAGAUUGAACAUUUGGUAUUUGUAAUUAUGUACAAAUAUAUUGGAGCAUUUUAUAAAUCAUUUUAUCCUAAUAAAUUACCUUUAAUAUAUUACAUUGUUUAUCUUUAUCAUAUCUGGAAACAAUCCCUGUUAGGCUAAAGACCCUGUCUACCAUCUGUUUUGCGAGUACACAAAAUCCUCUUUCAAAUUUGAAAAACUGAAAUUAACUUGUCCUCCUUUGUAUUGCAAUAUUGUAAAGAUCAGAUUACCAAAACUUAAAUGACAAAUGUUUCCACUGCAUAAUUUUCAUGAUACCUCAACAAUCUCUUGAAGCAGAUGCGUUCUGUAGUAUUGAAAACACAAAGAGGAUUUAAAUUAGAAGAAAAUGGUACACAAAUCAUGUUUUGGUAUUAAGAACACUUGCACACAACUUAAACUCA